AGGACUCUCAACUUUCCAAUCUGUGCAAAGCGCUGGUCCGGCUUCUUCGCGCUAUAAGUUUGAGUUUGGGGAAGCAUACGCUUGCAGCUAUUGGCAGGGCAGUUUUCAAAGAAUGCUUGAACAAUUCUGCAAAGCGGCCCCUCUACAUGCAAGUUGAGUGACACCUCCGCGAAGGAGUGUUUUGCUUAGCAUCACAUUUUUGGAAUGCAGAUCUGAUUGGGGACAUCUUAAUUGCUUACUGCUGCUCAGGGCAGGGCCGGGGUGCUCGCAUGCUCGCUUCUGCGCUCAGUGAAUUUCCAACGAGGUGGAAUGCAUUUAGGAAGAUGUGGAGUAUCAGGGCUUCCACAAGGUGCUCAGUAAAACCAGGGUCCGGGAAGUAGUUUGUUUCUCUACGAGGAUGUCCUGCAGGGACAGGCCGUCAAACAUACCUCAGGUUGAAGUUGAUCGUCUAGUUUACUGGUAGGUGCAUAAGUGCUUAACCCCUAAACGGAGUGGCAGAGGGCGGCGGUGUAAAUAUAUUCUGGGGUUUUCGAACAGGUCUCUUAUUAUUAUGUUGAGUAUAAUAAAGUGAUCGACAUACUUAUCAGGUCUGCAACCUGCAGCACUUAUUGAUGUCCUUGAGGCUUUCCCAACAGAUCAUACCCUUCUGAAAGCACGUCAUCAGAAGCGGUUUGCCUGAAGGAUAAGAGCAAUUCCAAGGAUGUAGAGAGUGGUCAUCUUUUAUCUGCCUAGGUAAAGAGCGAUGGACGGCGGAAAGUCAAAACUUGGCAAGGUGCACGUACCUUAUAAAGGGGUCCUGACGGCGGGAUUCUAUGGCUUCAUGUCAGUAUCUUCCGUGUUCAUCAACAAGGCCAUCUUUAAGGUCUACGCUUUCAACUUCCCAUUCACAUUGGUGCUCGGUCAAACCAUCUUCACCCUCAUACUGCUCCUUACCAUCCGACGGCUAGGCUUCAUUCGCACAGCCCCCUUUCAAUUCGCCAUCUUCAAGCGGGUCUUCCUCCUAUCCUUCGCGUUUCUCUUAAAGCUCCUGCUAGACAUGUCUGCCCUGGCCCUCGUAAACAUUCCCAUGUAUGGGGUCCUCAAAAGCUCCACCACCCCGUGCGUCCUCUUACUCGACUACAUCAUGCGCGAGAAGAAGGCCAGCCUGCGCGUGCAGCUCGCCGUUUACGCCACGACGCUCGGCGGCCUCAUCGCCGGCGCCGGCGACCUCUCCUUCCACCUCCCGGGCUACAUCCUCGCCCUCUCAUCCGCAAUGGCCACCGCCGCGUACGUCGUCAUCGUCGGGAAGCUCGGCGAGGAGCUUUCCAUCGAUUCCUUCACAUUGCUCCUGUACAACAACUGCUGGUCGCUCCCGUUCUCGUUGCUCCUGGUCCUCGCGAACGGCGAGGGGAUGGCGUUCUUCACGUUCGAGCACGCGGGCGAGCCCGCGUUCCUGUUCUGCUUCGCCGCGAGCUGCGCGAGCGCGUUCGUGCUCAACUGGGCGACGUACAUGUGCACGCUCGUGAACGACUCGCUCACUACGAGCAUCGUAGGUCGGACCAAGUCGAUCUUGCAAGGCCUUGGCGGCCUUUUCGCGUUCGGAGAUGUGCAGGUGCACCCGCUGAAUUUGUUCGGCCUGCUGGUGAACUCGUUCGGCAUCGGGUGGUACGCGUUCGAGAAGUUCAUGGAGGGCAAGCGGAAGUCGGCCGCGCUCCCGAUGUACACGCAGCUGGGGCAGAACGGGCAGGAGACGCUCUCGCUGCAUCGAGACGGGUCGCAGCUAACGUUGCAAUUAUCACCCAAACCAUCAAGUGGUAAGGACAAACAGCAGAACGGGCGUGUAUGAUCGGCCUGAUGUGUCCCGACCGUCAACCAUCCACCUACCCGAGUUGCAAGAAACUGUCCAGAGAAUCAUAUAUCAUCAAGCCCGCAUUGUCUAUCGUUCUAAUUCAAACAGGUCAGUGCACAGGAUAGUGUGUAGGCCGUUUUACGUCUAAGUGGGCAGCAGUGUGUCACACGUUGGCAGGAGAGCCCAUUUCGAUUGCUAGCUUCGGUGUCUGCGGACUCCUAUGUUGCAAUUCGUUGUAACGGAAUAGAUAAGCACCGUUGCUCACGGUUGAGUAGCCAGUGAUGCGUUUCAAGUCUGAUUUGUUAACGCUGGCACCGUCCAAGCGCUCUGUCAACGACCGGGCCUGCCAUGAAGUCCAUGUACUUGUCGCAAG